CACGUCGCCGCUGACGUCACCUCGCCGUGGCCGUUAGGGUAGAGUGAGGGAGGGCGAGAGGGUGGCCUUCAUUGCGGCGGCGUAUUGUACGUGCGCUGGUGGCGUCGCGAAGCGGUCAGUUCAGGGGUUCAAAGAGGAAAAACAUGGCGGACAACAAAGGAGGCGGUGGCGGAGAGACGGAAGGUUCAGAGAGCAGCAGCAGCAACAACAACAACAAUGGCAGCGGACAGGACGGGAGCGCUGCUGGAACUGAGGCCCAGGCCGUGGAGGAGGCCGAGAAUGGGGACAAGGCUGCGGCCCCGGUGGUGCCAGUGCCUGCUUCCCCCGCCGCCACCGCUGCUGCUGCUGCCCCGGCAGAGGAGAGCCCAGCCCCCUCCUCAGCGGCCUCUUCUUCCACUCCUGCCUCGUCCUCCUCCACGUCGUCCGUGGUGAUGAACCUGCUGGAUACAUGUGCUGUGUGCAAACAGAACCUCCAGAGCCGGGAGUCGGAGCCCAAGCUGCUGCCCUGCCUGCACUCCUUCUGCCGCCGCUGCUUGCCCGAGCCCGAGCGGCAGCUCAGUGUCCCGCUACCCGGCGGCAGCAACGGGGACAUCCAGCAAGUUGGGGUGAUAAGGUGCCCGGUUUGCAGACAAGAAUGCAGGCAAAUCGAUCUAGUGGACAAUUACUUUGUGAAAGACGCUUCUGAAUCGCCGAGUAGCACCGAUGAAAAGUCUGAGCAGGUUUGUACAAGUUGUGAAGACAAUGCAAGUGCUGUUGGGUUCUGUGCAGAAUGUGGGGAAUGGCUUUGUAAGACAUGUAUAGAAGCACAUCAAAGGGUUAAAUUCACGAAGGAUCACAUAAUAACAAAGAAGGAAGACGUAUCUUCAGAAUCAGUGGGAGCUUCAGGACAGCGUCCAGUUUUCUGUCCCGUCCAUAAGCAGGAGCAGCUCAAAUUGUUCUGUGAAACUUGUGACAGAUUGACUUGUCGUGACUGCCAACUUCUUGAACAUAAGGAACACAGAUACCAGUUUUUGGAGGAGGCCUUUCAAAACCAGAAAGGUGCCAUAGAAAACCUCUUGGCUAAGCUCCUGGAGAAGAAGAAUUAUGUUCAUUUUGCCGCUACUCAGGUCCAGAACAGGAUAAAAGAAGUGAAUGAUACUAAUAAAAGAGUGGAACAGGAAAUUAAAGUUGCUAUCUUCACCUUAAUAAAUGAAAUUAAUAAGAAGGGCAAAUCUCUUCUACAGCAGUUGGAGAGUGUCACAAAAGAACGACAGAUGAAACUUGGACAGCAACAAAACGAUAUAACUGGCCUCUCUAGACAGGUGAAACAUGUAAUGACCUUUACAAACUGGGCAAUUGCAAGUGGCAGCAGCACAGCAUUGUUGUACAGCAAACGGCUGAUCACUUUUCAGUUACGUCACAUUUUAAAGGCUCGAUGUGACCCAGUACCAGUAGCAAAUGGAGCAAUAAGGUUCCAUUGUGACCCAACAUUCUGGGCAAAGAAUGUAGUUAAUUUAGGUAAUCUUAUUGUUGAAAAUAAGCCUACUCCUGGGUACGCACCUAAUGUGGUUGUGGGGCAAGGUCCCCAAGGAACAAAUCAUGUAAAUAAACCCCCUGCACAAAUUAACCUAGCACAACUCCGACUACAGCAUAUGCAGCAGCAGGUGUAUGCUCAAAAACACCAGCAACUUCAGCAAAUGCGGAUGGUUCAGCCUCCUGGCCCACAUCAAAGGCCCUCUGGUCCACAAGUAAUGCAUCAACAGCCUCCAAGGUUAAUCAGCAUGCAAUCCAUGCAGAGAAAUAAUAUGAACUGUGUACCUUACCAAGCGCAUCAGAUGAGAAUGGCACAGAACGCUGCUCAGAAUGCCAAUCGGAUGCCAGGUGUACCUCGUCACAAUGGACCUCAGUACUCAAUGAUGCAACCUCAUCUCCAAAGACAGCAGCACUCUAAUCCUGGGCAUGCUGGUCCAUUUCCAGUAGUUUCAAUGCAUAAUAAUGCAAUCAAUCCUACUAGCCCUACUACAGCAACCAUGGCAAAUGCAAACCGAGGCCCAACCAGCCCGUCUGUUACGUCAAUAGAAUUAAUUCCAUCUGUAACAAAUCCAGAGAAUCUGCCUUCUCUGCCUGACAUCCCUCCCAUUCAGUUAGAAGAUGCUGGAUCAAGCAACUUAGACAACAUAUUAAGUAGGUACAUCUCAAUUGGGCAUCAGCUUCCACAGCCAACAAGCACUAUGAAUCCAUCUCCAGGACCAUCUGCCAUGUCACCAGGAUCAACAGGUUUGUCUAACUCUCACACACCAGUAAGGCCUCCUAGUACAUCAAGCACAGGCAGUAGAGGAAGUUGUGGUUCCAGUGGUCGAACAGUUGACAGAAAUGUGUUUAAAUCUGAUACGGUGAAGGUUAAGCAGGAACCUGGCACAGAAGAGGAUGUGUGUAGUUUUUCAGGAGCUGUUAAGCAAGAGAAAUCGGAAGAUGGCAGACGAAGUGCAUGCAUGCUAAGCAGUCCAGAGAGCAGCCUAACACCACCACUCACCACCACAUUGCACCUUGAAAGUGACCUAGAAGCCUUGGCCAAUCUGGAAAAUCAUGUAAAGACUGAGCCAAACAGCACAAACAGAAGUUGCGAACAGUCUUCCCAUGGUACCCUUGUAAAUGGAAAAUCCCCUGUCCGCAGUUCUAUUCAUCGGUCACCGAGAGGGGGAGGCGGCGGUGAUGGGACAAAUAAAGAUGAAGAUCCUAAUGAAGACUGGUGUGCAGUGUGCCAAAAUGGAGGAGACCUCUUAUGUUGUGAAAAGUGCCCAAAGGUUUUUCACCUUACAUGUCAUGUACCAACCCUCCUUAGUUUUCCAAGUGGUGAAUGGAUCUGCACAUUCUGUAGAGACAUAAACAAACCUGAACUGGAGUACGAUUGUGAUAAUUCUCAACACAGUAAGAAAGGGAAGACAGUGCAAGGCUUGAAUCCUGUGGACCAAAAGAAAUGUGAGCGACUGCUACUGUAUCUCUACUGCCAUGAAUUAAGCAUUGAGUUUCAAGAACCAGUUCCUGCAUCAAUACCAAAUUACUACAAAAUAAUAAAGAAGCCUAUGGAUCUAUCUACAGUGAAAAAGAAGCUGCAGAAAAAGCACUCACAACACUACCAGACACCUGAAGACUUUGUUGCAGAUGUCAGGCUAAUAUUUAAGAACUGUGAGAGGUUCAAUGAAAUGAUGAAAGUUGUUCAAGUUUAUGCAGAAACACCAGACUUUAAUCUGCAGAGUGACUCGGAAGUGGCCCAAGCUGGAAAGGCUGUUGCUUUAUACUUUGAGGACAAACUUCCAGAAAUCUACCCAGACAGGACCUUCCCACCUUUGCCUGAGUUUGAACCGGAGGAAGAUGAUGGUGAAGUAACAGAGGAUUCAGAUGAGGAUUUUGUACAGCCUCGAAGAAAACGCCUAAAGUCAGAUGAGAAGCCAGUGCAUAUAAAGUGAUUUGAAUGCCCUGGACUUGACAUUUUUCUGUAGAGAAAUAACUUUAUGUACUUAUUUAAGUGUUCCUGGAAUAUCUUCUCGCCUACACCUGCCGCCUUCAAGGAGAAGGUGGCAACUUUUAGACAGUAUUAGAUCAACCAAUUUGUACAGAAGAGAUGAACAUUCUUUUAAAGAAGAUGGAAACUUAUUGUCACUUUGUUUAGUUUUUUUUUUCCCUUGCUUUUUUUUUUUUUUUUUUAUAUUUUUAAUUUGAGGCUUGAUGGACUCCUUUCACAAGGAACAGUCAAUUCGUAAUCUCAGUUAGGUUUUGUGAAAAGUUGACAAUUUCUUCCCUUGAUUUGGAUUUCUCAACCGUUCUUUGUACAGACCUAUAAGUGGACCUAUAAGUGGUUGUUGUUGCUUGUUGUUCUAUUUCUUUGUUGAAGAUUGGACCAGUAAUUGCAGUUUACUGUAACACCUUUCCGUCAGGCUGCUCUGUAGCUUGACUCCUGGAUCAGCAAAAACAUGGUACAGGUUUAAGUGUGCUUUUUGAAUGAUUAAUUUGUAAUUGUUCCCCAUUUCCAAGUUUUGUUACAUUUUUGAGUGCUUAGCUUGAGUGGGUUAUCCUUCAAGAUUCUGGUAUAUAGAUAUAUAUUUUGUGAAGGAAACAGUUUAACUUGGAUCAUAAAAACAUUAACUUUUGCUAUGUAAAUAUGAGGAAGCUUAUACGUGUUCAUAAAUCCAUAAUUGCAUUAUUUCUGACAACAGAUUGUCAAUCCUUGCUGUUGUCUUGCAUCCAAGACAAGGAAAAUAAAUUAAGUAACUGGUUAAAUAUUCUUGAUUUUAUCCUGUUUUAACACCAAAUGAGGAGAGAGAAACUGUUAGUAUAUUUGAGAGAAUUAAAAAAACUUGGUCUUCCUUAUAGAGUUACUCCAAUUUUGAACAUUGUAUCAGAGUUUAAUCAUCUCUUACACCUCUCGCUUUGUAUAUAUUACCACGUUGAAGACUACUUUGCAGUAUAUUAUGGGAAUGUAAUGCAUGUUUUUUUUUUGUCUUUUCUUUACCUGAUGUUAAUACUUUUCCUUCCAUAAUACACUAUAACUGUACAGAUGCUGAACCAACAGAGGUUUGCAAUUUUGAGGCCCUUAAUUCUAAGGUUAAACUGCAGCGUUUGGUUGUAAAAAUUUUAAGCAGAAUUCCUAACCUUUUUAUGUAGCGAUAAACUUGAAAUGAUGAUCAAAGUUGGAGUUACUUUAAUCUUUUUAAUUAGUUUAAAAAUGUAUAAUUUUGCUAUGCUCACUCUGUCUUACUUGUACAUAAAACCUGACUGCCUCAAGGCAGCAGCCUUUCCAGACUUGUUUUUAUGAUGCUUUGUGGUUUCUUUUAUUUUUUAUUUUUUCGAUGCAGAGCUUGCUACUACUGCACAACAUCAUGAAACCACUUAGUGGUAAAAAUGUCCACUAGAAAUACCCCAAUAAAAUCCAUUUAUCAUUUUAAGCAAACCAUAGUUAU